UUCCAUUCCAGUACACUACAUGCCUAGUCAGUUAGUCAACAACAUCAGGAGACUCACUUUUGGAGAGAACAACAACGAAGUUUUUAUGCCCCAAGUGACUGUGACAGUGAUUCAUGGGACAUGCUAUUGACAGCCUUUGGGAAGAUUCUGAAUGGGAGGGCUUGCUGCUGAGAACUGACUACAGCCACAAAUCACCUUUUCCCUGCAGCUGACCCCGACUGCAACUACCAUUAUUCCAGCCCAUAAUUAACCUGUCAUGUCGGAACCGAAGGAGUCGGGUGAUCGUGGGAAAGACAGGGAGUGGGGCGCCCGUCCCAAGGUGAGACAGAGCCGGUCUGAGGAGAGAAGAGAUGCCGGCGGGGGGCAAAAGGGAGGAAGAGGAAAAAAGAAAGGCCAGACAUCCCAUGAGCAAGCUGGGGAGCGGCCUGUCAGCGAUGGGUUUGAGUAUGGGGACCUGCUGACUGGUCUGGAGCCCAGGGACCGCUGUUCCUCCUCUCCACUGAAGGAGGGCAGGAGAUGGCAGGGCCUGGAGGGGGUCACUUCACUCAGCCAGGACAGGGGGACAGCCAGGCUGGCACAGGGGACAGCUGAACCACCAACCAGUGAGGCUGAGGGCAGGGGGGCAGGUGGCAGUCGCACACUCCGCCAAAAGAUCCAGGAUGCCAUGGGGCAGUGUUUCCCCAUAAAGACCAACACUCCGUCGUCCAGUUCCACUCAGCAGGUCUUCAUGCCACAAGCUGCUGCUGCUGCCGGGGCUGGGUCCUCCUCGCGCCGCAAGAUCCACCUUACUGAACUCAUGCUGGAUGACUGUCCCUUCGCUGCAGGCACCGAGCUGGCUCAGAAGUGGUACCUCAUCAAGCAGCACACAGCCCCCAUCUCCACACCUCCCGUAGUGGACACCUUGGUGGUCAGCGCUAGUGCCUCUGCCUCAAACUUGGCCGCCGUCGUGGAGGAUGUGGAUGACCGGUUGCGAGAGCGCAGGCGCAUCAGCAUCGAGCAAGGCGUGGAGCCGCCGCCCAACGCAGAGAUCCACACGUUUGAGGUGACGGCCCAGAUCAACCCUCUGUACAAGCUGGGGCCCAAACUGGCCCAUGGUAUGAAUGAGCUUGCAGGGGAUGACAGAGCUACCAUUCACCAGCAACAGCAGCUGCUUCUCCAGAGGCAACAGCAGCACCAGCUCUUGCUGCAGAGCUGUCUGGACACUCUGGAUGAGGUGGUGGCCGUGGCCUCCUCUUCUGCCUCAGCAUCUGCCUUGGUCCCUGUCUGUGAAGCUGCUUCUGUGCCUGACCCCAUGGUUGACCCUGAGGUCACAGCCAGCCUCCAGCCAACCAAAAUUGUUGUUCCCCAGGCUGAGGGUCCCCCUACUCAGGACGGCUAUCGCAUCCACACCCAGAUCGACUACAUCCACUGUCUGGUGCCUGACCUGCUGCAGAUCACUAACCUACCCUGCUACUGGGGUGUGAUGGACCGCUAUGAGGCUGAGACACUGCUGGAGGGUAAGCCAGAGGGCACCUUCCUGCUCCGCGACUCAGCCCAGGAAGACUACCUCUUCUCCGUCAGCUUCCGCCGCUACGGCCGCUCGCUGCACGCCCGCAUCGAGCAGUGGAACCACAACUUCAGCUUCGACGUGCACGACCCCAGUGUUUUCCAUGCGCCCACCGUCACGGGGCUGCUGGAGCACUACAAGGACCCCAACUCCUGCAUGUUCUUCGAGCCUCUGCUGUCCAACCCCAUCCACCGCACCCUGCCCUUCAGCCUGCAGCACGUGUGCAGGGCGGUGAUCAGCAGCUGCACCACCUACGACGGCAUCAACGUGCUGCCCAUCCCCAACACCCUGAAGAAACACCUGAAGGAGUACCAUUACAAGCAGAGGGUGAGGGUACGGAGGAUGGACACCUGGUGGGAAUAACAAAGACCUUCUGGUGGAAGUGAACCACAACUAGGCUACUAACUUAACACUAUGGAGGCAGGCCUCACUCAGUGGACAACCAGUUGACUCACUCCAUUUUCUUCCAUUUCACUCUAUUAACAUAUACCUACCUACUGCAUUCACUGUAUACCUAGCUACCUGUUUUAUCUAUUUAUAAUUUACAAUAUAAGACCAAUGUCUUAAACUCUGUGGAUACUAUGUUAUUUCAAUUCUGAUGCACAUUCACCCAUUUUUCUCUGCUCACAAUAAACUUCGGAUUCAUGGUAAUGAUA